GGUAAAGUUAGCAGCAGUGGUACGCGUAAGCUUAGCUCGGGUGAACAGUUUCGACAAGAGCCACAUUUUUCAGGUGUUUAGUGGGAAGAAAAACGCAUUUCUAGACUGGAAAAAUUGUGAUCAAAAAUCAACUGUGUAGUGGAUUAUCGGAAAAGUUCGUACUUUAAAGUGCUUUUACGUGAAUUCAAGGAUCGUUUUCCGGAUUUUCCACCAAGGGAGAUACGGUAAAAGGUGUUUGGCUGGAAGUGUUCUUUGUAAUUGACUAGUGAAGAAAGCUGGAAUUUUCGCUUAAUAUCGAAGCAAGUCAAUCCGAUUUGGCACGAUGUCUGUGAUUGGAAUAGAUUUUGGAAACGAGUCCUGCUACGUGGCUGUAGCAAAGGCCGGCGGAAUAGAAACGAUAGCCAACGAUUACAGCUUGCGAGCCACACCAUCAUGCGUUGCAUUCGCCGGUCGAAAUCGUGUGCUUGGCGUGGCCGCCAAGAACCAGCAGGUGACGAAUAUGAGCAACACAAUCGGCGGAUUCAAGCGAUUACUCGGCCGCAAGUACAACGAUCCGCACGUGCAAAAUGAGCUGCGCAAAAUACCGUACAAGGUGGAACCCCGGCCGGACGGUGGAAUCGGUAUAAAGGUCCAGUAUCAGGACGAGGAAUGCGUGUUUAGUCCGGAACAGAUUACGGCCAUGCUUUUCACCAAGUUAAAGGAGGACGCCUUUAAGGAGCUGAAAACACAAAUUAACGACUGCGUGAUCACGGUGCCGUCAUUCUACACCAACGCCGAGCGGCAGGCUCUGCUCGACGCGGCCGGAAUUUGCGGGCUCAAUGUAUUGCGGCUAAUGAGUGAGACUACAGCGACGGCUCUAAGCUAUGGGUUCUACAAGCAGGAUCUGCCGGCACCAGAGGAAAAGGCCCGCAACGUCAUCUUCGUGGACUUUGGACAUUCGGCUUUGCAGGUUUCAGCAUGUGCCUUUCACAAGGGAAAACUAAAGAUGCUGGCCAGCUGUGCCGAUCAGGUUGGCGGACGAGACUUUGACUACGCACUGGCGAAUCACUUUAGCAACGAGUUCCAGAGCAAGUACAAAAUCGAUCCUCGAACAAACAAACGAGCCUUCCUCCGUCUGCUGACCGAGGUGGAAAAAAUCAAAAAGCAAAUGUCAGCCAAUAGCACAAAGUUGCCGUUGAACAUCGAGUGUUUUAUGAAUGAAAUCGACGUCCAUUCGACGAUGCAGCGAGCGAUUAUGGAAGAGCUGUGCGCUGGAGUUCUGCAGCGCAUCGAAGCUACAAUGAGAAAGCUUCUGAAGGACUCCAACCUACCGCUGGAGGAUAUACAUUCCGUCGAAAUUGUCGGUGGCAGCACACGUAUUCCGGCAAUCAAGCAUUUGAUCGAGCAGAUCUUUUGCAAACCCGCCAGCACUACGCUGAAUCAGGAUGAGGCGGUGUCCCGCGGGGCUGCUCUACAAUGUGCUGUCCUUUCGCCAGCGGUCCGUGUCCGUGAGUUUAGCUGCAGUGACGUGCAAGCCUAUCCGGUAUUGAUCUCCUGGGACGAUGGAACCCAGCGCAACGAGAUGAAAGUUUUCGAGCAGUAUCACACUGCCCCAUUCACGCGACUCUUGACAGUCCACAGACGGGAACCGCUAACCAUCAACGUGCACUAUGAACCGAACAGUGUCCCUUAUCCGGAUCCUUUCAUUGGUUCGUUCCAUAUCAAGGACAUCAAGCCGAAUGCGAAUGGUGAGCCACAGGAAGUUAAGAUCAAGGUUCGCAUUAACCAGAACGGCAUUGUGUUGAUUUCGAACGCUAACAUGGUUGAGAAACGUGAGAGCGAGGAACCGGUCACACCACCAGCUACUGCCAACGGCGAACAGCAACCUGCUACGCCGCAGGGAGAGGAAGCUCCCAAAUCUGGUGAACCCAUGGAUAUUCAAGAGGGUAGCGAUGAUGAGCAAGCUAGUAAAGAUACUAAAACAGACAGCGAUAACAGUGGAGGUGGAGGGAGUUGGACGCAAAGAGUCAGCAGAUGGUUUACCUCCUCGGACAAAAAGAAGAAAAUUGUUACUAAAUCCAUUGAUCUUACGAUUGAUUGCAAAACACAUGGCUUUAUCAGCAGCGAGUUGUCCAAUUACCAUGAGAUGGAGAUGAAGAUGAUCGCUAACGAUCGGCAAGAAAAGGAACGCAUUGACGCUCGUAAUGCACUGGAGGAGUUCGUUUACGAAAUACGCGGCAAAAUCCAGGAGGACGGCGAAUUAAGCGCCUACGUGGCUCCGGAUGAUGCGUCGAAAAUUACGCUCCAGCUGGAGGACAUCGAAAACUGGCUGUACGAAGAUGGCGAAAACUGCGAACGAGCAGUUUACAAGGACAAGUUGGCCACACUGCGUCAACAAACCGAUCCGAUCCGGGUUCGCUGCGAGGAAUACAAUGGACACGAGCAAGCCUUCCACGAACUUGGCCAGACCAUUCAGUUGACCUACAAGGCGGUCGAACAGUACCGCGGUCAAGACCCCAAGUAUGAUCAUUUGACCGAAACGGAAAUUCUAAAUAUCAGCGAAGCCGCCCAGAAGGCUCAGAAAUGGUAUGAAGAUGCUCGAUCGCGACUGGUUAGCGUACGCAAGACACAGGACCCUCCCGUUAAGGUAGCGGACAUCCGUCACGAAAAUCAAACCCUGUCAACUUGCACGAAUUCGGUACUGAACAGACCGAAACCUAAGCCACCAACUCCACCAGCAGACAACAAUGCCGCCAAGGACCAGCAGCCGAACGGUGCUGACCACAGCAAAGACCAGCAGCAGCAGAACCAGCAACCGGAUGGAAAUCAACCUAAAGAUUUAGAGGACAAAAUGGAUGUCGAGUAAGAUAGCGAAUUACACUUUGCGUUUACAUUAUAAUACACCUAUAAUAGCACACACCCACAAAACAAAAGAAAACUUUUUAUUUAAUGGUCAUUUGCGUUGGAUGAGAGGUAAUGUGAACUGCUUCAGCAGAUAUGUAUGAAAAUGUAUUAAAUUAAGACCUUUAGUUGUUUCAUUCAAAAACUCAGAAUCUACCAGUACCAAGACAAACACAUUUAUGGUAGGGCGGCGACAGGUAGGAUAACAAGCAAGUUGAUCUACAAUUACUUACUGAGCUACAUGUUUUGACUUUCAUGAAGCAGUGAAAAUGUAAAAGAAUGCAAAUUUAUAGUUAUUCAAUCUCUUCUUAAACGAAUAUUCUUUUUAGAAAACUGGCAGACCAACGUUAUUAUUUUUCGGAGCUCUUAACAUGUUCCUUGACUUAGAUUUAUUUAUUUGGAAGAAAUAAAGUCUCUAGGUACAUCUGUAAGGUAUUCAUUACUGCUUCUGUAUGAGUUCGACUAUUAGAAAUAGAAGUCGAUUGGUUUGAUUUUUCAUAAGAACCUAGCCGUAUCUGUUACGCUGCCGGUCUUUCUACUACAUUUUACUGAAUAAAACAUAAUUACACUAUUGAUCGGAUAAGUGAACACGUAAAAUUCGCCACACUGCUCAAGGUCGAAGCACAUCCCCAUUAUUCUUUCUAGGAUAUGAAGCAAAUACCUAGCUGGAUUUAGAAUCAUAAUAUGUGUGCAUGCAAGCGUUUCGAAAACUGAGUGGCUAUUUGGCGAAGAAGUGAUAUCGUUAGGUUGAAUGAAAGCAAAAUGAUACUAGAAUUUCAGAAGCUUUGUGGUGUAGAAAGCAACAGCAUUGACGAGAAACACGGAACAAAUAGAAUCUUAUUGGACAUGAGCUAUCAUAUUUGUGGCGCCGCGCUACGUGCAUGAUAGUUUAGGUAUGAUCGUAAGAAAAGAUAAACUUAUUUUCCCCUCAAUGGAGAUGCAAGCUGAUUCGUGUAACAUGUAUUUAACGGAGAAUUAACUCUAAGCAGAAUCCUAUCCCAUCCCCCUGCCCAUGUAACACUUACAGACACUGCAAAAAAAUUAAAACAAUACAAAGAAAUGAAGCGUUGAUGAAACAAAUUCCGCUCAGCAUUCGAUGCUGU